GUGCAAAUUUGUAUUUCUCGUACAUCAAACGCCCCAAUGCUAUAUGUCAAAGUCAAAUUCCUAGGAACUCCAAAUCCAAUCUAAUCAGUUCGAAAAAUCCGAAAGAGCCACGUGGACGCAAUAAAAAGGACAGCACAUUCCCCCAGCAUCCAAUAUGAACAACCCCAUCAAAAUUCCUCACUAGUUUAUUAAAAUUAGCUUCAAAAUUUUCAAUUGACAUUUCAAUGGAAAUUUCAGCAUCAGAAAACAAGGAAGACGUAAUUCCAGAGGAGGCGAAGGUGAUAUUAAAGAAAUUGGCAUCAGUAUGGGACGAUAUAGUGGAUCCGAAUGCAUUACAUGUGUUUCGAUUAAAGGGUGCAAUGACUAACAUGGUUUAUCAAAUCAAAUGGCCGAGUAAGAAUCCAGAACAGCAGCGAUCUAGGAAAGUUUUGGUGAGGAUCUAUGGGAAAGGUGUGGAUGUGUUCUUUGAUAGACAGAAUGAAAUUAGGAUAUUUGAAUUCAUGUCUAAGCAAGGUCAAGGACCUCGUUUGCUUGGUCGCUUUCAUAAUGGUCGUAUUGAGGAGUUCAUUCGAGCUCGGACACUAUCAGCUCCUGAUCUGCGUGAUCCAGAGGUAUCUUCCUUGAUUGCUGCCAAAAUGAGAGAAUUUCAUAAGCUGGAUAUGCCUGGUCCUAAGACUGUCAUCCUGUGGGAUAGACUGCACAAUUGGCUUAAUGUGGCCAAACGUCUAGCUUCCGCUGAAGAAGCUAAGGACUUUCAGUUGAACCAUCUAGAAGACGAGAUUUCAUUGUUGGAAAAGAGUCUUGCGGGAAAUCAUCUAAGCAUGGGAUUCUGCCACAAUGACUUGCAGUAUGGGAACAUAAUGAUGGAUGAAGAGAUAAGAUCAAUAACCUUUAUUGACUAUGAAUAUGCUGGUUACAACCAUGUUGCAUUUGAUAUCGCAAAUCACUUCUGUGAAAUGGUUGCUGACUACCAUACAGAAACACCUCAUAUCAUGGACUUCAGCAAGUAUCCCGGUCUGGAGGAGCGCAAAAGAUUUUUGCGCGCAUAUCUAAGUAGUUCAGGUGGCUCUCCCAGCGAACAGGAACUGGGGAAAUUAGCUCAAGAAGUGGAGAAGUAUACUCUUGCCAGUCAUCUUUUUUGGGGUCUAUGGGGAAUUAUAUCGCAUCAUGUGAACAAGAUAGACUUCAAUUACUUGGAGUAUGCUAGACAGAGGUUUCAGCCAUAUUGGUCAAAGAAACCUGAGCUAUUGGGAUCUUCAGGUCCCAAGAAAGGUUAACAUGAAACCAAGGACAUGGAUACAUUUGGUGAUUUAUCCCUUUGAGUUUUGAUUGUGUGGAGUGUCAAUAUCUGCACCUUUGCAAGAAGAAAGUCUUUCUUAAUCGAAACUUUUCAUGGAAUAAUUUCUGGUGAUAACGUUUAUAUCAGCUAAGUCUAGAUUAGAUAGUCAAGUGUAUUAGCAUUUUCUGCCAAAUUUGCUUGGUUUUCUUGUGUAUAUCUCUGUAGAGAGGUGCUGGAUUCAAUUUUA